AUGGUCAUCACCAACGACCAUACAGGCCAAGAGGACUGUCAGCCUUUAUAUCGACGACCCUCUGGGGACCGAGUCAGGCCUCGUGGGAUGUCUCGGGAGGAGGCUGAGACGCAAGCAAUUGUGGCGGAGGAGGCGGAGUUGAGGAGCCCCUUGCUGGUCCAUCCGACGUCCCCUUCAGUGAGCUAUAUGAUUAAACCACAGGGCAGGAAGAAACCUCUAACGCUGUGGGGAGCAGUUGCUAUCAUAUUCUACUCUGUCUCUGGAGGUCCAUUUGGUACAGAGGACGCCGUGGCGGCUGGUGGGCCGUUUUGGGCUCUCUUGGGAUUCCUCAUUUUUCCAUUCGUAUGGUGCUUGCCAGAGGCGUUAGUCACUGCUGAGAUGAGCAGCACUUUCCCAAGCAACUGCGGGUACGUGUCUUGGGUAACAGCAGCGUUUGGGCCCUACUGGGGUUUCCAGGAAGGGUUCUGGUCCUGGCUGUCGGGCGCCACGGACAAUGCCAUCUAUCCACACCUGCUCAUGACUUAUCUAGCUGUGGCCUUCCCAAUCCUCAACGAGAGAGUGUACAGCAACAUUGUCCUUGUGGUCUUGACGCUCGCGCUGAGUUAUGUCAACUAUAGAGGGCUCAAGGUUGUGGGGUGGCUUGCUGUUGCUAUGAUGUGCUUCGUGCUGUCACCAUUCAUCGUGUUCAUAAUCAUGGGGGUACCACAGGUGGAGCCAUCCAACUGGUUGUUGGGUCGAACCGAUAUGGAGUGGACGAAGUGGUUGAAUGUUCUCUUCUGGAACCUGAACUAUUGGGACUCGGUUUCGACCUUGGCUGGCGAGGUGGAGAACGCCCGGUCGGCAAUGCCCAAGGCGUUGCUGCUAGCACUGUGUGUCACCUGUCUGGCUUAUAUCCUCCCUCUGGCUAUCGCUACAGGGGUCGAUGGGUCGUUUGCUCUCAAGGGAGAUCAAGCGUUCGAUGCGUGGCAAGCGGGCUUUCUUGGAAAGGUGGCGUAUGAUGUUGGGGGAUGGGCCCUGGGCGGCUGGGUAGUCCUUGCAGCUGCUGUAUCGAAUAUAGGGCAGUACCAUGCAGAGAUGUCAUCGGACUCCUACCAGAUACAGGCUAUGGCAGAGCAUGGUUGGCUUCCGGAGAAGCUGGCCUACCGUAACCACUACGAGACCCCUACCUUUGCGAUUUGCCUUCAGCUGUGUGUCAUCCUCAGCCUUACGACUUUGGAUUUCCUAGAGAUCGUGGAGCUGCUCAAUUGCAUAUACUGCCUUGCGGAGCUGCUAGAGUUCGCGGCCUUCCUGUAUUUGCGUUACACUAACCCGGAUAUAUGGCGACCAUAUACGAUCCCUUUGGGCUUCUGGGGAUGUGUGAUUCUGCUUUUGCCGCCCUCUGUAUUCAUAUGCUUUAUUUUGGGCGCACCUGUGGUGAAUGCUGACUGGGGGCUGGUUGGCUUCACGUUGGGAGCGGUAGUCAUUGGAAACGUCUUGUACUUAGUAUUGCAGUAUUGUCGAAGGCGAGAGCUGCUGAAGUUCGUGUGUCACCCGCCGCGGGACUGGAUCGACAUCAUGAGGUGUAGCACUCCAUGGAGGUCCUUCGAAGAGGCAGAGGAGAACGAGCUGGCGAUGUCACGACACUCUCCGACCGAGAAAGGCGGCUCGAGCGCUGAGCUCGAGAUGCGUCUACUAGAGGCACAGGCACGAACGAGGAUGAGGCAGACGGAGCUGCUGGAGGAAUUUGAAGGGAAGGACGAUGGGCCCCCUGGGGCUCUAGUCGUGGAUGAGCGAGUUGCUCUACGAGCCGAGUUGGCUGAGGCGGAGAACAGGCUGGGUCUUCAAGAGGAAGAUCGAAGACGUUUGAGUAGUCGGUUGGCUUCAGCUAGUCGGCAAACUAAAAUAGAGCGGUCGAGGAAGCAACUGCUCGAGAGGAAGGCGGCUGAGAUACUGCUGGCUGUGGAGGAGGCUGAAGGGGACCCAGAAGGGACGCUAUCUAGGCUGGCUGCAAUUCUGAAUGGUAAGGUGGCGCAGUUGCUGUUGCGAGCUUCAGACAAGAUCAAGGAGGAGAGGGUUGCUGUGAUGACUUUGAAAGGGGAGAAGAAGCGACUGUUAAGGAAGCUGGAGGAGACCGAGAGGGAGGUCGUUGGACUGAACGGCGAGAUGAGGGAGAUGCGGUUGACGCUCACAGAAAGUCUGAACUCGUCGAGGGAAGAGGUUGAGAUGUUUCGACGGCGGAGCGAAGCAGCGGAGAAACUCUGCGGAGUAGUGUCGGCUCGGGCGGAUAAGUUUGGGAAGGAGCGCAAACAGCACAGGGAGUAUAUCGAGCUGUUAGAGUCAGCAGUGGAACGGUUGGAGGGGGAGUUACGGUAUAGGAGGCGUCAGGAAGUGGGUGAUGAGGAGGAGCAGUUGGAGGCCUUCCGACGGAGGCUUACAACGGGGGCUGGGGAGGAGCUGUCGGUGGGAGUGAGGGCUACGGCCCAGGCAGAUUCGAUCUGCCCACAGUAG